AUGCCUUUCACCGGAAGCGACAUCAUCAAGAUCAUCUUCGCGAUCAUCCUCCCGCCCCUGGGGGUCUUCCUAGAGCGCGGAUGCGGAGCCGACUUGCUCAUCAACAUCUUGCUGACCAUUCUUGGUUACAUUCCCGGAAUCAUCCACGCCCUCUACAUCAUUCUGAAGUUUUAA